CACAAAAUUUAACUAAAACUUUUGAAUUGAAAACAUUCUUAAUGCACUUAAUUUUGUUUCUGGACAUUAGUUAUGUUACUUGGCGAAUAUUUAUUGGGCAUAUUUUUCAUGGGCAAUUAUACAUGCAUAUAUUUACACACAUAAGGUAUUAGGUUGUGCAUUGUGUACAAUACUAAUGUAAGUUGUUAAAUAAUGGUGACACCAGGACAACACAAACCAGGAAUAUGGAAGCAACAGAACAAGUCGCAUAAAACUGGACGACAUCGGAGCAAGAGUCAAGUCGAUGUUUCUAACAAAGGUCGAGUAGAAGUGAAAGGUUUAACAAAACGUCAAAAGAAGCUUCAACAGAAAGUUGACCGGAGGCAUCGAUCGCAGCAGAUACGUUCUUCAAAGCGUGAACAGGUUCUGAAUAGGAAAAGAAAUGUUGGCGUUGGGAGCAACCCACCUCAUCUUACAUUGUUGGUUCCACUUCACAAGAAUGUCAACACAUCUGAGUUCUCGGAUGCAAUAAAACUUUGUGGUACAUUGGAUGGAGCUGUACCAAGCGAAGCUGCUCUAACUACAGCUGGAUUUUCAAUGAAUGUUCCAAGGUUAAAACACAGGUUCCAGAUUUUUCAACCCGGCUCAGCCAGUUUACAUGACAUAGCAGAUUGUGCCAGGGUUGCUGACUCCGUAGUUUUUCUCGUUUCAACCGAGGAGGAAACAAUGGAUGAAAAGGGAUAUGAUAUAUUAUCGUGUUUGCUUGCACAAGGCCUGUCAUCACAAGUGUUUUGUGUGCAAGGAAUAUCACAACUGCCAAUGAAGAAAAGAAAUCCAACGAAAAAAGAAAUCACAAAAUGUAUUGCGCAAUAUGUAGCUGAUGUGAAACUAUUUUCAGUGGACAAUGAAUCUGAAGCGUUUAAUAUGCUGAGAAUGGUGGCUGAAAUGAAGAGACGUGCUGUUGGAAUGCGUGAACGACGCUCAUAUAUGCUGGUUGAAAAACUGGCUUAUGAAGAUAGUGAGACAGAUAUGGGUGUGCUAAAGAUAACCGGCCACGUACGAGGCUCCGCAUUGGAUGUUAACCGGCUGGUUCACUUGCCAGGUUGGGGAGAUUAUCAAAUUAAACAGGUUGAUACAGUGGUAGAACACUGCCCAUGGAAUGUGCAGAAGAAUAACCAAGACAAGAGUGAGAAUGAGAUGUCAUGUGAUGUAAAAGUAAACUCAGCUUACGAAGAGACUGGGGAAACGGUAUCCUCGCAUCCGGAGAAGAUCCAGGAUCUCGUUUUGGAAGCGGAUGUUGAUCCUUUGGAUGGGGAGCAAACAUGGCCGACAGAGGAAGAGAUUGUGGAAGCCGAGCAAGAAAAUGCAGUUGGAGAAACACGAAAAUUGGUAAAAAAAGUUCCACGCGGGACUUCUGAUUACCAAGCUGCGUGGAUCCUUGAUAGUGACGAGGAUUGGAGGGAGGGGAGUUCGGAUGAAGAGGAGCAAGAUCAAGUGAUGCAACCUCUGGAUGAUGAGGGAUCGCAGCUCGACGAUGACAGCAUGACAAUUGCCGACACUGAGGCUGAUGACUCAGCAAGUCAAUAUGAUGAUGUCAUCGAUGACGAGGCAGACUUGAUGAGGUUCCGGGAGGAGAGAAGUCAUCAGAUGUUCCCAGAUGAGGUGGAUACUCCAUCAGAUGUCCCGGCCAGAACCAGAUUUCAAAGAUAUAGGGGUCUCAAAAGUUUCCGAACUUCACCAUGGGACCCGAAAGAGAACCUACCAGGAGAUUAUGCGAGGAUUUUUCAAUUUCAGUCGUUUGAUAGAACAAGAAAACGAAUGAGAAACUUGGAGGUGGAAGAAAACUACAGUGUUGGUGUUGGUACUUAUGUCACAAUACAUCUUAUGAAUGUUCCAAAGCUGUUUGUUACAUCACACACACCAGAAUCACCAAUCACAAUGUUUGGAUUAUUUCCUCAUGAACAAAAGUUGAGUGUCCUGCACUUCACCCUGAAGCAGCAUGGUGAACACAGCAUUAAAAAUAAAGACAAACUUCUCUUUCAAUGCGGGUUCAGAAGGUUUAGAUCAAAAGUUAUUUUCUCUCAACAUACCGCAGGCACCAAGCAUAAAAUGGAGAGAUAUUUCCCAAAAGAAGGCAUCAUCGUAGCAACAGUGUACGCACCAAUCACUUUUCCAUCGGCAAAUGUGCUUGCUUUUAAAGAAAGACAAGGUGAAGCAACUCUAGUUGCAACAGGUUCUUUGUAUAAAAUUGAUCCAGAUCGUAUAAUAACGAAGCGAAUCGUUUUAAGUGGACAUCCUUUCCGAAUUAACAAGAGAGCUGCAACAAUUAGAUAUAUGUUCUUCAACAGAGAGGACAUAAACUGGUUUAAACCAGUCGAACUUCGUACAAAGUGGGGAAGAAGAGGUCACAUAAGAGAUCCUAUUGGUACGCAUGGUCAUAUGAAGUGCACAUUUGACAGUCAACUUACAUCGCAAGACACGGUGCUCAUGACUUUGUACAAGCGGGUGUUCCCUAAGUGGUCGUAUGAACCAGCGACUCCAGUAUGCACCACAGAUGCUGCAUCAUCCAUGGGCAGUACAACUUCAUUUGAUGAAGAGUUUUUUUCAUCCUGAGAGUGUUAUGCGUUGCGGAAAUAAAAAGAAAUUAAGAGA